GGGCGAUCAACAGCAUCGGAGUCUCCCAAUUGCUGCAACCGCAUACACCAUGGCAUCCGUUUACAAGACCGUUUCGAAGAAGGCAGCUCGCCAGCUCGCCAAGGAGGAAGAGUUUGACGAGGAGGAUAUUGCAAUGGACGAACUUCUCUCCGACGCCAACGACACCACCGACAGCGAGGAUGAUGAAGAAACUACGACCGAAUCGGCCAAGAAGCAGCUCGCUGCAGGCUUUAUGCCCAAGACCCGUGUGCUUAUGCUGACCUCCCGGGGUGUCACAUACCGCCAUCGUCACCUGCUCGCCGACCUUGCCUCUUUGCUCCCCCACACCCACAAGGAAACCAAGCUCGACACAAAGAAGAAGACCGCUGGAUACAACCUGCUCCUCAACUCCCUCGCCGACCUCCAUUCCUGCAACGUGAUCUUCUUCCUCGAGGCCAAGAAGCAGGGUCAAGAUCUGUACCUCUGGCUGUCUCGCCCCCCCAACGGACCGACGAUCAAGUUCCACGUCGCCAACUUGCACACCAUGGCCGAAUUGAAUGCCGGAUUCAGCGGUAACUGCCUCAAGGGUGGCCGUGGCCUGGUGGUGUUCGAUCGCUCGUUCGACGAGCAGGGCCCGCUCAUGAGCCAGCCCGGCCAGGAAUACCGGGGUCUGAUCCGGGAGAUGCUGCGCGGUGUCUUCUGUGUCCCCAAGCGUGGUGUCAAGGGUAUGAAGCCGUUCAUCGACCGCAUCAUUGGUAUCUUCGGAGUGGAUGGCAAGAUCUGGAUCCGAGUCUACGAGAUCCGCGAGUCUGAGCCCGGCAAGAAGGAUGGUGAGGAUGCCAAGGCCGGUCCCAAGAGCAAGGAUGGUCAGCCUGAGGUGUCUCUCGUCGAGAUCGGCCCCCGCUUUGUCCUUACGCCCAUUGUCAUCCUGGAGGGUAGCUUUGGCGGUCCCGUCAUCUACGAGAACAAGGAGUACGUCAGCCCCAACCAGGUUCGUCGUGAGGUCCGCAUGGGCAAGGCGGCUCGCUACGCGCACCGCCGAGAUGUGCAGACCGACCGAUUCGCCAAGCGGUCGACGCUGGGACUGGGUGAUGGCGAGAAGAAGCCGGAUGCGCUCGACACGAGGCAGCUGUUCAAGUGAUGGAUUUCCGUUUUGUUCGUUCUCUAUGCUGUUUUACGCCCUAUUAGACUUUGAUAUCCUCAAGGGAUGUAUAUGUAUUGAUGCGAGGGGUACAUGCAUGGUCCUGCUGGCGUCUGGUGUGAAAUCAUAAUAAAAGUUUUGAUGCUACGGUUCAAUGUUGGAUUCC